AUGAAAGUCUUAUUGCCUGGUCUGAUCCUAGCGGGUCAGCUAUCCGCCAGCCCUGUUGCUCUCGAGGAGCGUCAAGCUAGUACUGGCAAUGGUCCAUUUGCGCCAGCAGGCUACUACACCAGCAACGCCUUCGGCGGCCACACCUUCUACGCCCCGAAAACCAUCCCCUCCAACGCCAAGCUCCCCGUCCUCCUCUGGGGGAACGGCGGCUGCUCCGCCGACGCGACCGGCCAAGCGCCCUUCCUCACCCAACUGGCCUCGUACGGCGUCCUGGUCAUCGCCAGCGGCACCCCGGGCGGCGGCGGCAGCACGACGGCCGACAUGAUGAAGCAGUCGAUCGACUUCAUCACGCGCAACGCCGGGUCGGGCGCCUGGGCCAACAUCGACGCCUCGCGCAUCACCGCCGCUGGUUGGAGUUGUGGUGGUGUGGAGGCGUAUGCCCAGAUAUGGGACCCCCGCGUGCAGAGCGUCGGCAUCUGGAACUCGGGCUUGUUGACCAACUACACCUCGGCGAGGGACUUCCGCAAGCCGGUGUUCUUCUUCCUGGGUGGGCCGAGUGAUAUCGCGUAUCAGAAUGGUGAACGUGAUUACAAUGCGAUGCAGUCGGGCGUACCGAAGUGGAAGGGGAACUUGAACGUGGGCCAUGGCGGGACGUAUACGGAUUACAACGGCGGGAAGUAUGGUAUCAUCGGGGCCAACUGGGUGAAGUGGAUUUUGCGCGGGGAUACUUCUGCCUCGGGGUAUCUGACGGGCAGCGGGGCGAGGAAUGAUGGCUGGUCGGUUGUGUCGGCGGACCUCGAUAAGAUCAAUGUCACCCCGAUUGGUGAAGGUACUGGUGGUGGUGGCAGCCCAACCACGACUGCGUCGACCCCUGAGCCGACGGGUGGGAAUGGUGGUGUUUGCUCACCUUUGUGGGGUCAGUGUGGUGGUGACGGGUGGGCAGGGCCCAAGUGCUGCUCUCAGGGGUCGUGCAAGGCUUCGAACCAGUGGUACUCGCAGUGCCUGAACUGA